GGCUCUCUGAUCAGUUUAUUUUUACAUCCCGACCUAGAGUCCUAAGUCUUUUGACCCUCCAAUGUUCAUGUUGAUUUCUAACAUCAACGUGUUAAUGCUAGUCGUUGGACACAGAUGACAGAGAAAAUAACGACAACGCUCAUGACCGUCCCUGAUAGCCUUUGAGCCUAUCACAUCUGUUCCAUCUUUACCGACAUCUUUGUUUCACCCCCAGAACAGCCAUCACAGCCUGUCUUAUUCGCUAGGGACAGUAGGUACUAUUCAGGUACAGUACGGAGUACUCGGCGUCUCCCUUCCCCUCAACAGGGAAUAAGAAAAGCUUUUACCCCAGGUCUCUGUUAGCUGAGCACGUUUUGCCCUGACCAAUUGAGGCUGGAGACUCCAUUGAACUGGCUCUGCACUGGCCUCUCCCGGCCGAGAUUGCUUUGUCUCUGGCUUCGAGUGAUCAUCCCCCGCAUUGAGUUCCACUGCCGAGUCUUUAUCUACAAGGCUACUCACCGAACCCAGCGGCCCAGAAGAACUCCAAAAAGGUCGUCCAUCCCCCCAGUCCGCUUCUCUUCGGCCCACGCUUUCUUGUCUUCCCUCGCCGAACCGCCGCAAACCGAAACGCGGCAUCAUAUUCUAUCAGCCUUGUCGUUUUAUUUAUCGCCAUUGAAUAAGAGCCUCGCCCGCUUUUGAGCUAACCUGCCUGCUUCAAGCACGGCGACGUCGUCGUCGACGCCUGCGCUGGGCGUCUUAUCGAGCCCCAGCACCUCCAUUUCCAGCUCGGCAUCCCGAUCGCCAAGGAACAUCAACGAAACCUCAUCCAAAUUCCUCUCAGCCAUUGAUAAUGGCCCCGUAUCAACCGGCUUCCGGGGCCUCAGACUCGAGUCCCGCCGCAUCGAUCAAUAACGCACAAGGUUCAGCACAGCAGACGCCUGGCGGAAACGCAAACCAAGCACCUCAACACAAGCGCGUAUAUCAAGCCUGUAUCCCUUGUCGGCGGCGCAAAGUGCGAUGCGAUCUUGGCAGUGUUGACAACCCCCACGAUCCUCCAUGUGUGCGUUGUCGUCGCGAGAGCAAAGAUUGCUAUUUCAGUGCCACUCGUCGCAAGCGCAAGACGGAUGACGAUGGAAGUGAUCAGGAUGAUUACAUCACGAGAAAUGGUCGCAAACGAACUAAUAGAAAUGCGAGCCCUCCGCCAUUCAUCGAACGCAGGUCCUACAGCAAUGUUCCCUUGACUCCGGGAGGUUCCCGAGGACAGUCCCAGCCACUCCGUCGUCCUGAUGGCAACAGGGCUGGCCGCGGGAGGGAUGAGUGGGGAGGGGAAGGUGAUGCCAACCAGACUCUUGAGAACAUCGAAGCUCAGACGGUUAUGCGGCGAGGCGUAUUUGGUCCCCAGGAUGCACUGGACCUGUUGUAUAAAGCUGCAACGGAUAGUCCCGCCGUCGACCGUGAACGCCGAGAAAGCACUUCAUCUGCCCAUCCUGCGCCCCCUCGCCCCCCACCUGAGGAUACUGGUCCUUAUGGCUAUGUCCCCAGAUCAACUUCCAAACCACCAAAGACGGAACAGCCCAUUGACCCUGAGCUUUCACGCCCUGAGCUUAGCUCGCAGCCAGGGUAUGCUGAAGCGAUCAAGGCCUGGCAACGCUUCCGGUUCGUUCGUGCUGGUUGGUUCACAGCCCUCGAGGCUAUCGAAUACAUUGACUAUUACUACAAAUAUUUGUCUCCCCUGACACCUAUAUCGCCGCCCACCUUCAGCAACCCUGCAUCUCAUGUCACUUUACUUUACGAAGAGCCUAUUCUGACCGUUACGCUUCUGACGAUCGCCUCGCGAUACCGCCAAAUGCCCGGUACCGGUGGUCAUUGCCGAUCCCACGCAAUUCACGAGCAACUAUGGAUGUAUCUGCGGGGAAUGAUCGAGCGAUGCUUAUGGGGACAAGAAGCCUUUGGUGGUGGCUUUUGCGUGCCACCAAGCACCAGUGCCAUUUUUGACGAGUCUCAAACGAGCAGUACGGCACCUUGGCGUGGACUACGCAAGGGCAGUUUGCGAACCCUCGGAACAAUUGAGUCGCUGAUGAUCCUGACCGAGUGGCAUCCCCGCGCUCUGCACUUCCCGCCCACCGAGGCUACCGACGAACUAGUUCUUCCUAUGGAAGCCAGCUUCCAAGCUAUCACAGCUGCCGAUGAGGACCCAAGUAAGACUUUGGGUACUGGUUUCGGCGGCAAGAGGAUUGAGAGCUGGCUCGAGCCGGCAUGGAGAAGUGACCGGAUGUGUUGGAUGUUGCUCAGCACUGCAAAUGGACUGGCCUAUGAGCUGGGUGUCUUUGAUGAUAUCGAUGAGCUACUGAGAGACGAUGCUAUUACUCGCCCAGAGUAUCAAGAAGAAUCAUACAGGCAGAGAGCUUUCCGAAUUAAACGUCUAUUGCUUAUCUAUACUACACAACUGGCAGGUCGUCUCGGCUGGACCAACAUGGCUCCAGCUCAUCUCAGGAGAAGCGAUCCUGCUCUGGCUCGAUUCCGGCCCACGUCGGUGGAUGGAACAACUCCUGGGACGAACCCUUCUUCGUUGUCUAACCACUUCAACUAUGUCCCCGACCUAGAACUGGAUGAUCAAAUUAUUCAUUGCUGGGCCGGCAUCAGCAAUGCUAUGGAGAUGGGUAACGAAAAGAUUUUCCGUUCACGGAAGUAUACCACACAAAUCAUCCAGAACGGGAAGUACAUAAGCAUCCUCAAGGAGUUUGAGCCUCUUCUCCGCGAUUGGUGGAGAGAAUUCGAGCUGUUCCGUCUGCCCGAGUUUAUCAGACAUAUUCUGACGAUCGAGUAUCAAUAUGUGCGCAUCUACAUCAACUCUCUUUCGCUUCAAGCCGUUGUCGAACGCUGCACCAACCAAGCCGGGGCGACAGCCAACUCGGGACACCAUGGAGCAUCAGCUGUGAAUGGUCACCCGCAGUUGUCGCCCCAGACUAUGAUCAAUUAUGGGAAGCUUCCUCUGGGUCAACUUGGUGGUUUCACUGCCCACGAUCAGGAGUAUAUUCGUGAAGUAGUUGAGGGAAGUCGAAACCUUCUUCGCACAGUCGUCGAGGGUUUACUACCCGGCGACUAUCUCAAGCAUGCUCCUGUGCGAACAUAUUUCCGCAUCAUUAGUGGUGCCAUGUUCCUGCUCAAGACCUUUGCUCUCGGUGCCCCGAGAUCAGACGUCAGAAUGAGCAUCGAAUUAAUGGACGCAACUGUUGAGGCGCUCCGAAACUGCGUCGUGGACGACGUCCAUCUGGGAAUCCGUUUUGCAGACCUUCUCGAGUCUCUGACGAGCCGCCUCCGCAACCGAUUCAUCCAGGCUCCCACUAUGCAGCAGGCUUCUGGCAGGGGACAAAGUCCCGUUCCAGAUGGCCAGACCCAGGAUGGUGACAGUGUUGCUGCGAAUGGCGACGGUAAUGCCAACUGGGUCGGUGGUCAUGCUCAGAGACUCCGAGAUGGGCUCAGCGGAAACGGUAAGCAUCCUGUACAAAGGGGUGUUGAUAUCAAUACUGACGACCCUAAUUCAGCACCAGCUCAGGCCCCUACUCACGAGGCCAACAAUAUUUCAGCGACGCCAUUCGAUCUAUCAACCCAGAACUUCCCCUAUCCUGGGCAGGGCUCGAUGGGUCCAUCUACACCUACCGUUGUGGACAAUGCGGUUGCCAAUAUGGAUGUCAGCCUCUUUGAAGACUGGAACCACCAAGGCAACGAGAUGUGGUAUCUGCCUCCUGGCCCAGCUUUCUUCCAAAACGUGGAGAAUCCUUCCGUUGCCAUGGGACCUGAGGGUGUCAAUGUUGGUGGUCUCGAUCUUCUCGAGUAUAUGGCCAUGGAUCCCUCUCAAUUCCCAGGGUUGGAUCCGUCUUCUGGUCCACCAACAAGCCACGCGUAGAUCGGGCGAAGCUUCACCUCACCGUCAUGCAAUAGGAGGUUCUCGAUGCUUAUGCCUUCUCGCAUCGUCGGUUGCAAGGAGACUGGCCAAAGGCCCCUUCUCUAUCUUAACCAACAUCUAUUACGCUUUUUUGAUAUGUCUUGUCGAGAGUAUGACUAUGGAAGAUUGAAGUCUUCGACGGCGUAGCAGAGAUUUGGAAAUCAACAGUAUCAGCCGAAUGCAAGGAUUAUUGUGGCUUUGUGACAGCAAAUACUUCACAACAGGAAGAGUGGGGGAAAUUCAUGCAGAACGGCGGAAAUCAGGAAACAAAAGACGAAAAUUAAAGGAGGGAUUUUGCAUAUUGAGCGACAGACCAAAAGGUACAUGCGAUGGGCUUGUGAUUGAAGUUGAGGACUGCAAUGAUUGGGGGUUAUUGCAUUUUGAUAGUCUUACGAAACAGAAAAGUAUAGCACAAAAAGUUGAAAAGAUCCAAUAGACUAAUGUCGAAAGACUAGACAACUC